GCAUCUCAAAAUCGCAAACGUCAGUCGCGCGGAGAAAUAUGGCCAAGCUGGUGAUAUAAACAAAAAGCGCUUUCCUCGCCCUGUUUUUACAAUUUUCACCUGCUGAAACAAUAGUCAAGUGCCGCAAAAGUGUCCCCGAAAUGGGUUCGCCACAAGUGACCAACGUGCGGCAGUGGGCGACCCUGCUGUUGCUGCUGGUCAUCGCCGCCUCCGUCCAAAACGCCGACUCCCAGCGCAUCAAGGACAACAUGUACGCGUCCAUCAGCGGGGCGCACUGCUUCCGGCGGCUCAACGGAACGCACGUCACCGGGUGCAGCUCGCGGCAGGGCGGAUCGAUCGGGGUGCUGCACCUGGUGCGGUCCGUGGCGGACAUUGACUUUGUGGUGGAGCAUCAUCCGGCGGGGCCGUACGCGCCGGUCAUUCCGCCGCACCUGUUUACGCGGGAGAACAUUUUACGGUUGCGGGACCAGGGCGGCGAGCACGUUUCGGCCGUCGUGUUGAUUAAUAACGCGUCCGAGCUGGUCCAGUACAGCCAAGAGUCGCGCUGUCCGAACCAGUUUAGCGGGUUGAUUUCGGGAACGGCGGACAGUUGCAGCGUCGAGCAGCCGGAGAAGAGUUGGAAUCCGUGGGGCACGGGACUGCUGCUGGAGGAUUUCCCCUUCCCCAUCUAUUACGUGCCACAUCCGGAAGAGAUUCAGAAGAUGGUGGAUUGCUUUGCCAAGUUUAACAACUUUGACCUGGAGUACCAGCAUCGGAGGAGUUUGUGCAGCAUCGAGAUCAAAUCGUUCAUGUCCGCGGCGGUCGAUUCUCGAGUCUGCUUGGCGAGGUCGAUAUUUUUCAACUCGCUGAAUCCGGUCAAAUUUUGCGACCCGCUGCAAGGCAAGAACGUCUUUGCGACGCUGUUUCCUCGCGUGCAGGUCAAGCUGGAGGACCGCAAAGUGGACCUGAACGAGCGCAUCAUUCUGGUUUCGUCCCGCAUGGACACGACGACCAUGUUCGACGGCGUUGGCGUCGGUGCGAUGGACUCGCUGGUCCCGUUCACGGUUCUCGUGUCGGUUUCGCACUUCUUGGCGAAGGUUCUGCCCAAGCGACUGCAGGACGACAAUCCGAACGUGCUGUUUAUGUUCUUCAACGGAGAGUCGUACGAUUACAUCGGUUCGCAGCGAUUUGUGUACGAUCUACAGAAGGGAGCAUUCCCCACCAAAGGAGGCCUCACGAAUCCUCUCUCGCUGGACAACAUCGAUCUCAUGAUUGACCUGGGCACGUUCGACGAUCCCAACAACCUCCGAAUCUACCACGCGUCAGAGUUGGCCGCCGUGCCUCAAAUAGCGCAGGCAAUCGACCAAAUAAACCGCAAAUGGAACCUGAAUGUCACCGCAGAGGCACCCGUCCUAACGAAAAACCUCCCGCCAGUAUCUUCGCAUUCAUUCCUGCGUGAAAAUGCCUCCUUCCCAUCGGUGGUGGUCACUUCCGCCCCAGGAAAUCGCUACUACCACUCAAUUUACGACGACAGCGAAAAUCUCAAGUUCGUCUACGGAAAUCACUCCCGCACUCGCGACUUUACCGAGCUCGAAGAUCUCCAGCAAACCAUCGUAGAUUUCCCCACCAACUCCAUCCAAAUGCGCCUGCGUAACGUCUCAACCCUGCUCGGAAUGACGCUCUACGAACUGGUCACCAAAACCGCCUACCCCGGCACGCUCGGAACAAGCCCCUACCUGAUUGACGAAUUCCUCUACUGUUUCCUCGAAUCAGCCGACUGUCCCCUCUUCAUGGCCGCCGUCAAGCCGGACUUCCCCCGCCCGUUCCCAAUCUCACCCCAGCGGUACAUCAGCGUCCACUCGACGCUCCCCUCGGAGGCAUCCAGCUGGACGAUCCGUCUGCUCGGCUUCCUCGUGGGACAACCCCUCCCGAACGACACCGCCGCCAACACGUCCCGUGCCGACUGCCAGGCCCUUCACCUGCCCUACAACUGGUUCGCCGGCUAUUCCGGCCACGGCGAGUGCCGACUGACCACCCAGAACUUUAGCCAAGCCUCGUCGCCGGCCUUCCUGGACGACGACUACGACUUCCGGUCGGGCCGGUACUCGACCUGGACCGAGUCGACCUGGCGGGAGAUGUCGGCGCGGAUUUUCCUGCAGCCGGCGGCCAGCCACGAGACGCUGACGCUGUCGAUCGGGUUCGUCGUGAUGCUGCUGUCGUUUGUGCUGGUUUUCCUGAUUAAUAGCCGGUCCGAGGUGCUGUUCAACCAGUGCGGAGCGUCCACGGUGCCGAUCGCAUCGCCCACACAGUGCUAAACGAGACGGGGAGAGGAGCAAAACUUCUGAGACUGUGGCUUAACCAAACUCACAACGCGUGCGCCCGUUGGUCCAUAUUUCUAUAGCUCGCGUUUUUUUAUUCAAGUUAUUAGGGAAAUGCUUAAAAAAACUCUGCUCUACUUCCAUUGUCAUCCCUUAACUAAAUUAAAAAUUUAAUCACUCACGCACUCUAAUAAUUUGUAUAUUUAGGUAUCCCUCAUUAAUUGAUAUAAGAAAGCAAUGUGUAAUAAAUUAUUGACCAAACCACA